ACCCUCCGGCCCCGAGGCCCGGCGUCCCGAAGCCCCGGCCACUUCCGCUCCCGGCGGUCCCGAGACCGGAAGCGGAAGUGCGCAGCGGCGUUGGGAGGUGGCGGCGGUGCGGGGCUGCGCGGCGCCCUGCGGUGGGAGUGUCUCCGGCAGCUCUGCAGGUGCGGCCCGGCCCCUCGGGAGGGCGGGGAGAGCGGGGAGGUUCGGCGGGCGCGGGGAGGGCCGGAGGACAGCCGCCGGGGCUUAGACGCUUCCUCCACAUGGUCAUCCCGAGGCCGGGCUGAGGCCCGCACUGCUCGGGCCUCGCAGCCAGGCGCCCGUUGCCCGGUUCCUUACCCUCAGGAAUCAGUCACCUUUGAGGAUGUGGCCGUGGGGCUCAUCCAGGAGUGGGCAUUGCUGGAUGAUGCGCAGAGGAACCUGUGCAGAUACGUGAUGCUGGACAACUGCAGGACCCUGGCCUCCAAGAGAACUCCAUCAUGCAAAGCCAGGCUGUCCUCCCAGCUGGGGUCAGGAGCAGAGGCAAGGGCAGCGGAGCGAGGGAUUCUCCACCCCACGGGUGUAGACUGGGAAUCUCAACUUAAACCCAAAGAAUUGACUCCUAUGCAAGAUAUUUUGGAAGAAACAUCAUCCAGAGACAUGCAAAUGGGACCAGAGCUAUACCUGAGGAUGCAGAUCAGGCCCUCUAAGGGAGAGAGGGGGACACCAUUGACCCUAGAGGACCAACCAGCUCUCCAGGAGUCGCCUUGUUCUCCUGAAUGCACAGGACUGAAGGCGGCUGUGCAUAUUCAGAGAGUGGACAUGCUGGAGCCCAUGCUGGGCCUCCCUGAUCCGUGGGUGGCCAGGGCUUCUGCUCUGCCUGCUCAGGACCCUGCCUUGCUCCAGGAGGACAGCAUGUUUGAGGAAGCCAUGGCUCCUGGGUUGCCACUCACUUGUUCACAGGAAUCAGUUACCUUUGCGGAUGUGGCCGUGGUGUUCACCCCAGAAGAAUGGGUGUUCCUGGACUCUGCUCAGAGAAGCCUGUACAGAGAUGUCAUGCUGGAGAACUACAGGAACCUGGCCUCUGUGGGAGAUCAGCUAUGUAAAUCCAGCACAUUGUCCCAUUUGGAGCAAAGAGAAGAACUGUGGCCGACUGAGACAGAAGUCUUCCUGGGAGCCUGUCCAGAGCCUCAACUUCAACCCCAAGAGUCAAUUCCUAGCCAAGGUAUUUUUGCAGGGAUUCCAUCCAUUGGCCUGGCAAGGGAACAAUCUCAGCCUGGAGAAAAACUCUGUAAAUAUAAUGAACUUGGGAAACCCUUUAACAGCAAUGAACCGCUUUUUCAGUACCAGAGAAUUCAUGCUAGAGUGGCCCCCUGUGAAUGUCCAGGGAGCAGGAAAUCCUUCUUCCAGAGCAGUCACCUAAUGAUACCUGAGAAGAUCCAUAGUGGAGAUAAAACCUAUGCAUGUAACAAAUGUGAGAAGUCCUUCAGAUACAGCUCUGACCUCAUCAGGCACGAGAAGACUCAUACGGCAGAGAAGUGCUUUGAAUGUCAAGAAUGUAGGCAAGCCUUCAAGUAUUCCUCGAAUCUGCGGCGACACAUGAGAACUCACACUGGAGAGAAGCCCUUUGAAUGUAGUCAGUGUGGGAAAACCUUCACGAGGAACUUUAACCUGAUUUUGCACCAGAGAAACCACACAGGAGAGAAGCCCUAUGAAUGUAAAGAUUGUGGGAAGGCCUUCAACCAGCCCUCAUCUCUUAGGAGCCACAUGAGAACUCACACUGGAGAGAAGCCCUUUGAGUGCAGCCAGUGUGGGAAAGCCUUCAGGGAACACUCGUCACUGAAAACACAUCUGCGAACCCACACGCAAGAGAAACCGUAUGAGUGCAACCAGUGUGGGAAGCCUUUCCGGACAAGCACUCAUCUGAACGUGCACAAGAGGAUCCACACGGGGGAGAAACUGUAUGAGUGCGGCACUUGUGGUCAGGUCCUGAGCCGUCUCUCGACCCUUAAGAGUCACAUGCGAACUCACACUGGAGAGAAGCCCUAUGUGUGCCAGGAGUGUGGGAGGGCCUUUAGCGAGCCCUCGUCCCUCAGGAAACACAUGAGGACCCACAGCGGCAAGAAGCCGUAUGCAUGCCAGGAAUGCGGGCGUGCCUUUGGUCAGUCUUCACACCUUAUUGUGCAUGUGAGAACCCACACCGCUGGGAGACCCUAUCAGUGCAAUCAGUGUGAGAAGGCCUUCAGGCACAGCUCAUCACUGACUGUGCACAAACGGAUCCAUGCUGGGAGGGAGAACUUUAGGAAUGGUGGCUUGUCUUUAUCAGUGUCUCAUUCUUAUGUGGGGCCCCUUCCUAAUUAACUUACAGUUUGUGAAAAUAUAAAUGUUUGGGACUGUUCUUGUUUCUUGUAGUAUUCGUUUAGCUGUAUCCCAUGUUUUGAUGUAUAAUAUUUUCAUUUUGGUUUAAUUCUAAAUAUUGUCUUACCUUCCAUUAUCACUUAUUCUUUAACCUAUGUGUUAUUUGGAAUUAGAUUUUUCAAUACCAGGACAUAGGCAUGUUUUCAUAGAGGUAUAAUUACUUACAGUGAAAUACAUAAAUCUUAUGUGUACCAUCUGAUGAGUUUGACAGAUGUAUACGUAUAUGUAACCAAUACCUCAUUCCUGAUAGAGAACGUUUCUAUCAUUCUGGAAAGUUCCUGCAUGUUAUACGGCUGUGUCGUCGUAGUUGCCUUUUUUUGUUGUUGUUAGUUUCUAAUUUCAUGACAUGGUGAGCAGAGAAUGUGGUCUUUAUGUUAUUGAAUCUUAGGUAUUUGUUGAGAUUUGCUUUUAGGGCUAGCAUGGCAUGUUCUGCUAGUUGCUGAGCAAAACUGCCCCUUCUUCCUUAGAAAAGAACCUGGGAUUUUUGUUCAGGUUGGUAAUGUGCAUUAUUAAAACACCUUUCUUGUAGCCGUGUCCCCCUGUCCUGGCCAGUAUAAGUAUGAGAAGACAUUGGGUAUGACUCUGGGGAAAGAUGUUGCACAGGAAUGAUUUAAUUUAGCCAGAUCUCUCUACUCCUUGCCUUUUGUACAUGCAGACGUGAUGCCCAGAGCGACAGUAGCCAUCCUGUGACCAUGAGGGUAAAAGCCACGGCUCAAGGAGAGUGUGGCUGGAAGUCACAAACAUCCUUGUUCCCUAAUCUGAAAAUGUUUAGAAUAUAUUUAUAGAGUUGGCAUCUUCAUGUGACUGUACCAACCUUGGAUUAUUUAUAUCUGGAUGUCUGGUUACAUGAAAAAAAAAUGCAUUUCUUACUGGAAUAAGACUUUUUGCUUUGUUUUGUUUUUUUUGAGGAGGUGGGGCAAGUGGGAAUGGGCUUAUUUUAGCUGGAUGCAAUCCCUCACUUAUGCACUUAGUGUAUGUCAAUUUUUUAUAAAUGCUUCAUGGGUGGUUUAAAUCAAUGUAUUGUAUUCUAUGCAUGUCCAAUAGAUUGAGCAUAUUAUCUGUGUUUAAAAACCAUCUAUGCAUUUAAAAAUAUUGAUCUCUGAUUUAUCGUUGACUGAGAGAGGUGUGUUAAACUCUCUCACCACGACUGUGGAUUGUUGAAUAAUCCUUGUAAUUCUGUUGAUUUUUAAGUUUAUACAUAUAUAUUUUGAAGCAAUGGAAUUAAGUGAAGAGAGUUUGACAAUUUAUACAUUUCAGCGAAUUGUUGCUUUUAUUCUUUUAAAGCAACCAUUUUUUUUCCUGUCGAUGAACAUUUAACCAUUCAUCAGAAUGGUAGCAAACGUGGAUUUAGAGCUUACUACACGUUGAGCAUCCCUAAUCUAAAAAUCCCAAAUCCAAAAUGCUUCACAAUCCACAUGUUGGUUUUUUGUGUGUCAACAUGAUCCUCAAGGGAAAUGCUCAUUGGAGCAUUUUGGAUUCAGAUUUUCAGAUUAGGGAUGCUCAGCUGGGUAAGUAUUGACAAAUAU